GGAGGCCAUGGGGGAGGCCAUAUCGGUUCUUCCCAACUGGAGGGACGGCAUCCCCCAGGGAGGGAGGCAAAGGAUCGUCAAUAAGAUAAUGGAACUUUUACAGACACAUGAGCGAACAUACGUUCCUUCCGACCACUUGGAUGUGCUAAGAGAGGUUGCUACCAAAUAUGAGGACAGAGCUUAUACUACGGCUUCUAGUGUGUCAGACUAUCUGGAAGUAAUUUCUCUCAAAGUGCUCACUAUAAGAGCAAGGCAGGAACAGGCUCAGCCUUCUGCUCCAGUUAAUCCAGCAAUAUCAAACAUCGCUGCUGUGAACCAAAAUCGUUCACAUGCAGGGAUUCAAUAUGAGCCGGUGACUUUGUCCCAUCCUAAUCAACUUAACCAGCGGCGGCAUAUUCUAGCGAACAGAUCAGUUGUUGAUUGCAAAAGGAAUUUGAUUCUGAUAGAUGAUUCCAGUACCAAGAGAAUAAAAAUAAGCAAACCAGUGCCUGAAAAGAAUGCAGCAGCUCAGGAGCCUACUUUUACCUGUCCUAAUUGUAAAGGCACAUUGGUUUCUCCUUUCGCCACUCUCUGUGGCCAUAUUUUCUGUGAAGACUGCAUCAAGACUUCCAUCAACAGGCGAAAGAAAUGCCCCUCCUGUGAAAUGAAACUUACUGGGAAAAAUAGCAUUCACAGAGUUUUCCUUCCAGGGCUACUCGACUGAUUUCAAUCUUCUAAGCUUUCUUGCUGCAGUUACAAGCUAGACUGAUUUCAAUCUUCUAAGCUUUCUUGCUGCAGUUACAAGCUAGACUGAUUUCAAUCUUCUAAGCGUUCUUGCUGCAGUUACAAGCUAGAUUGAUUUCAAUCUUCUAAGCUUUCUUGCUGCAGUUACAAGCUAGACUGAUUUCAAUCUUCUAAGCGUUCUUGCUGCAGUUACAAGCUAGAUUGAUUUCA